AUUAGACUCCGGAAGAGGCAGGGCCCAAGAUGGCGGCGCCCACAAGCGCCUGAAAGAACGCUCAUGUCUGUCAACGGAGCGGUUUGGGGGCGUGUGCGUAGCCGUCUCCGAGCCUUCCCGGAGCAUCUGGCGGCCUGCGGAGCUGAGGCCUCGGCGUAUGGCAAGUGCGUGCAGGCCUCCACUGCCCCAGGAGGCCGCCUGAGUAAGGACCUCUGCGUCCGUGAGUUCGAGGCCCUGCGGAGCUGCUUCGCCGCCGCGGCCAAGAAGACCAUGACGAGAGGCUCCUAGGAAGAGCAGUGGGCACAGGCACCUGUACUGACAGCACACAUGGAGACCUUUGGUUCCUGAUGUUUGGUGGUUCUUCCCACCUUGAACCUUGGGCAGGGCAGGGUUGUUUACCAGCAGUGUGUAUGAGGAUCUGUAUUUGAUUAAGAUGUAACAUGAAGAUGAUUUAAUAUUG